AUGGCGAGUGUAGCAAGUCGAAAUCUAUUCGACCUAUUAAGUGAAAAUGAAGAGGCUGAGCCUGCAGCUAAACAGCAAGAGCCAGCUCCAGCAAAAGAAACGUUAAUCGUUAAAAAGGUUGAUAGGUCUCGUGCGAGUCCUAAAGAGGCUAGAAUUCGUCACGAUUAUCCUCAAAGAGGUGGUUAUAAAACUUCUACCUCUAACAGAAAUGAGGAUACGAGAUCAGCAGCUCCCCGUGAAAAAAAUGUAGGUCCUCGUCUUGCCGGACGUCGCCGCGGUGGUCGACGUGGACGUGAACAUGAUAGGCAUAGUGGAACGGGCAGAUAUGAUAGCGAAAAGAAAGAAACCCAAGCAUGGGGAGAUGCAGCAACUACUUAUGAUACGAAUGAAUCUCCUGGAUGGGAUAAUGCCACUACAACCGAAACUCCUGGCUGGGAUAAUGCCAAUACGACUGAGACUACUACUUGGAACGAUACAACCGAAAAUACUGAAGCACCUGGUUGGAAUGAGACAACUGAUGCUGGUGCCAAUACUGGUAGUUGGGAAGAAGAGAAAACCGAAGAAAAAACUGGCUGGGAUGUCGAUACUACUGGUAAUGAUUCUAAUGCUUGGGUACAACAACCCGAAAUCGAGGAAGUUGCUGUUGAUCAAGGAGAGAAUACAGCGGCUAGUGAAUCUACUCCAGCACAUGAGCCCGAGGAAGUCGUAAAGACUUAUGAUGAAUACCUUACUGAAAAGGCCCUAAAGUCGUUAGAUAUUUCCCUUCCCGAAGCUAGAAAACCCAAUGAGGGAACCGAUGAUUCUCAGUGGAAAGAUGCUGUUCAACUUGAAAAAGAGGAUGAAGAAGAUUUCCUUUUCACCGGAAAAGAGCAAUCUUAUCGUCUCAAGAGUAAGAAAUCUAAAGCUAAAAAUUAUUUGGAAAUUGAGCCAACUUUUACUGAAAGACCUGCAGUCAUCGCGAUUUUGAUAAUGACAAUCGUGAUAACCGUCGUCGCGGUGGUGGACGUAGUGGAUACGUCAAUAUUGAUGAUCAAAGAGCUUUUCCAAGUCUUAGUAAUGCUUGAUUGUAAGGCAUUAUCAAAAUGA